AUGGACUCGGUCAUACAAAAAGAACGAAGGACGGCGGAAAAGCCAAAAAUCUUAUUGACGAGUGAGAGUAGUAAUGGCGGCAGUGGUUUAGAGUCGCAACCGAUAGAAGGAAAAGGGAGUAGUUUUAUGAUGCUUCAUAACGCGAGCAGCGGCAAAAAGAGUAAACCAAUCAACGAAGGGUUUGCUAUUUGGGAGAAGCAAAGGAACGCGUGGAGGAAUUUGAACAACAACAACAAGAGUACAGGAGAAGGAGAGACGAACAAAAAACUGUCCUCGGCGUUUUCCAUCACGAAAAGGAAACGAGGCCAACGCUCGGCGAUACCACACGAUGCGACGUACGAGGACCUUCUCCUCAUCCCGUUCGUGAAAUUCCCGAAACCAAUUAAGCUCGGGGAAAUGAUAGAUUUUUUAGUCGAGACGUGGUCGGAAGAAAACAACUUUUGGUAG